GUGCGUUCUGGCCGCGCUCUGCGGUGGCACCGUCUCGCCUGGAAGGUGCGCGACCCGCGGUCCCCGACCCGCGCUCGCCUCCACCACCGCGCGAGUGGGCGGGGACUGCGCGGGGCCCCGCCUCCUGACGCCAGUGGCGCGCCUGUCCCCGGCCCCGCUCCCUCCUGUCCCGCGCCCCCAUCCCCGCCCGCCCACGGUUGCGCCCUCGCCCUCGGAUGCGGCGCGUCGGGAGCAGCGUUUCCAACGACCGCGGGGUGACGUCCCCGGCCCCCAGCACGGCGCUCGCAGAGCCGGACCGGGGAGCCACGCUGCCCGUGCGGCUGCUGCGGGACGUCUCGGCGGCCGCGCAGAACACCGGCCAGGCGCAGGGCUUCCAGAUGAGGAUGGACGCGCGCGGCUUCGCCCCGGAGGAACUGCAGGUGCGGGUGGACGGGCAGAACCUGGUGGUUACCGGCCAGCGACAAGAGGAGCACCGCGACCCGCGCGGGGGCAGCUACAGCCUGAAGCAGAAGGUGUACCGGCAGAUGCAGCUACCUGGGGCCCUGGACCCCGCCACCGCCACCUGCUCCCUGACGCCCUCCGGCCAGCUGUGGGUGCGGGGCCCAUGCAGACCUCCGCCUCUGCCUGAAUCCCCACCAGCCCCGUCCCGGAACCUCACGCGCCAGGGCUCUAAGAAGGGCCCCGGCUCCGCCUGAACCAGUAAACCACGACUGUGCAGCA